AGAAAAUAAGUCACAAAUUGUCAUUCAUUAAUAUUGUCUAAUGUAAUAUUGGAACAAAAUAAUGAUUAUCAUUAGUUCUUCUGUAUACAUUUGUGGAAAUAUAAUCGAUUGAACAUAUUUUUAUAUUAUUUCUAUACAUACUCUAAAGUAACACUUUACAAAAAAGAAACUGUUUCCUAUUUCAAUUAUUUCUUGAUUAAUGGCUUCAGUAUUAACAUCACUUGCAAAUAAAUUAGCUCGUAGACUAAGUGAUACACAAGUUCCUUCAUCAGUUCGAUUUGAUGUAGAUGGUCCUCCAAGAAAUUCUCUACUAAGGCGUCAAAGUGUGGCUGCCGAAAGUUUUGAUCCAGAAAAAGACAGUGAUGAUAAUAAUGAAGAAGAGAGACAAAUUUAUCCGAAAUCUGAUAGUCAACGAGCUAGGCUAACUAAUGCUGUCAAAGAAAUCUUACUCUUUCGAUGUCUUGAUGAAGAACAAAAGUCGAGAGUUAUCGAUGCUAUGCAAGAAAUGAAAGUUAAGGAAGGUGAUGUAGUUAUUAAACAAGGUGAUGAUGGAGACAAUUUCUAUGUAAUUGAAUCAGGCACCUAUGAUAUAUAUGUUAAACAGAAUCAGUCAACUGAAGAGAAAAUUGGUGAAAAAGUUGGAUCAUACAAUGGUCAUGGUUCAUUUGGUGAACUUGCUUUAAUGUAUAAUACAUCACGAGCUGCUUCUAUAAUAGCUACUACAGAUGGUAUACUAUGGCUUAUGGAUAGAAAUACUUUUCGACGUAUUGUUCUUAAAGCAGCCUUUCAUAAACGUCAAACAUAUGUAGAAUUGCUUGAGGAUAUUCCAUUACUUAAAGAAUUAAGUAGUUAUGAACGUACAAAUGUUGCUGAUGCUCUACAAUCUAGAGUAUAUCAAGAUGGAUCAACUAUUAUAUCUCAAGGUGAAACUGGCAAAGAAAUGUUUAUUAUUCAAUCGGGAACUGUAAGAAUAAGUGUAAAAGAGAAUUCAAAAGAAGUGGAAUUGAGUCGAGUUGGUAAAGGUGCUUAUUUCGGAGGUAUGAUACAUUAUUAUUAUUAUUAAUGACCCUAUUCAAUAUUAUAGUUUUCGGUACGGUGUGGAAUUCGCAGCAUAAAGUACUUCAACAAGUUUCCGUUUUUUAUUUCGUGAUCGAUAUUGACGAUAAAUAUUGAGUGAUCAUCAGUUAAGUGUUAUCAGUUCAAAGAUCGGCAUCUGAAUAAUGUACAAUGCUCUUCAACGCAUAUUGUCAGACACCAAAAUGUCUGUGAUUAUACUUUUUUGUAACUUGUAUAGAGAAAGGUCGUAUACUUUUGAUGGACGCUCCUGAAUAGGUUAUGCAACUACUAGAUAUAAUGAUGUGUUAAAACAAACGAAAAGAACAUAGAACUUGUUGAAAUAUUCUGAUGGAAGGAACAGGUAGCCGAAAUAUUCCAGCAGACCGCCAACCUCCGUACCGUUAUUGGAUAUAAAUAUAAACGUGCCAUAUGAAGUAGUUUCAUGUUAAAAAAAGAGAAAUCGGAUAUAGUUAUAUAAUAGUUGAUAGUUGAAUAGACGUUAGAAAUAAACAACUGACAUUCUUUGAGAUGAGAACUAUUUGUACGAAUAUAACGAUUAUUAUAGUUUAAAUGAUAAAAUUAUUUUCGUUAGAUAACGACUGAAAAUCAGCAAACGUUGGAUGGUUGUUUCGUGUUAAUAUACAACUUUCUAACAGUAUGAAUUUACAACGUCACUAAUAAUUAAGCCCAGUACCCUCGAUUUUGAAAUAAAUGUUUAGAAUAAAUGUUAAUGAGUCAGUGUCCGAUGGACGUACAUGUUUAACUUUAAUGAACUCAAUCAUUUUCUAUUGUCUGAUGUGAAUAACUAUUUUAUGCUUGAAAUGUCUGAACUUCACAAAUCACGUCUUCUUAUCAGAAUUUCUGAGAUUACCUGUCAAAGUUAGUUACUAGUUCUCAUAAUAAUGUAUGUCUUUAAAUGCAAAUACAUAUUCUCAUUCAUUGAAAUCCCUUAGAGGAUAGUUGAAAACCUACAAUUCUAGAUAGUUUUUCUUUUUCUUUUCAAUUUGAAACUCUUUAUCACUAUGUAUACAUUAUGUUUCAUGUAAUAGUAAAUGGUGUUACUGAAUAAUGUUGACAGUAAAACAUUAAUUCAUUCAUAACAGUGAUUAACCAUUGUAUAAUAUGAUGAAUUAGAUGAAAUCAAAAAUGUCAACUUCUGGAUUUUAAUUCACUAAACCGAAGAUAAUCUUACGUGAUCAUUUCAAUCUUAUAUAAGAUUGUGAAUGUUAAGAUAGCUGUCCAUUGUCUAUUAGUUCUCCAUGUGAUGUUAAUUUUUCACAAACUUCAUCUUCAGAAGAAAUAAACAAUUAUUUUUUGAAAAAAAUUUACUUACUUACUUACGCCUGUUACUCCUAAUAGAACAUAGGCCGCCAACCAGCAUUCUCCAACCCACCCUGUCCUGGGUCUUCCUUUACAGUUCUAUCCAAUUCUGGUUUAUUCUUCUCAUGUCUAUUUCAAUUUCUCAGCGUAUUGUGUUCUUCGGUCUUCCUCUUUUCCUUUGGCCUUGAGGAUUCCAUGUGAGGGCUUGUCUUGUGACGCAGUUGGGUGCUCUCCUCAGUGCGCGUCCUAUCCACGUCCAGCGCCUCUUCCUGAUUCCUUCCUCCACUGGGAUCUGGUUUGUUCUCUCCCAUAGUGUCUGGCCAACGGAUCCGAAGUAUUUUGCGUAGACAAUUGUUAAUAAACACCUGUAUCUUCUGGAUGAUGGCUCUCGUAGUUCUCCAGGUUUCUGCCCUAUACAGUAGAACUGUCUUGACAUAUGUAUGGAAAAUCCUGACCUUGGUGUUGGUCGACAAUUGUUUUGAGUUCCAGAUGUUCUUCAGCUAUAAAUAUGUUACUCUUGCUUUGCCCGAUCCAUGCCUUCACAUCCGCAUCAGAUCCACCAUGUUCACCAAUCAUGCUACCCAUUUCUAAAAAAAGUAGACAAACAUUAUUUGACAUUAUCUGUUCUAUACAAACAAAUCAGUUUUUAUCAGUUAUAAAAUAUACAACAACAAUUCAAUUCAUACAAAUAAAUACUAAAAAUAACAAUCUAGUUAGACUAGGUCAAUGGAAAAGAUAAGGCUAAUUCAAAAACAAAAAGUCGGUGUAAACAGUUAUGUAUUUCCUUUUAAUUAUGUAUAUUUAUUUAAGAUCUUUAUUAUGAAUUAUUUAUGUGUUAUGUCAAAUUUGAUUGAUUAACCUUUUAUCUAAGUAAAUAAACAUUUGGUAUAAGCAUCUAUAGAAUAGUAAGUUUUUAAGUUGAAAAUAUUUACUUAGACCUUCAUGGAAAAAUAUAACAAACUUGAUAAGUGAUUAUAUAAGCUAAUUUAACUUCAAUUCAUUUGGUAUUGUGUUGUUGUGAACCACCUCGAUAUUGCUCUGAAUCACAAGCUUUAUAAGCAAAGAUGAAUAAUAACUAACAGUGAUGGAAUCCAAGACGCGUGUUUCGUUCUAUUUUGGACUCAUCAGCUGGAUUUACCUGCUCCCUACAAUUGAUGUUCAUCCAACUGAAGAGUCUCAAAUAAGAUGAAACUCGCGUCCUAGAUUUCAUUGCUAACCACUGUCCAUCUGCGUUAAGCUAUACUUACUUAAUUACUUACGCCUGUCACCUCUCAUGGAGGAGCAUAGGCAUUCUCCAUCCAACUCUGUCCUGGUCAAUCCUUUCCAGUUCUUUCCUGUUGCUAUUCGACCUAUUCAUAUCUGCUUCCGAUUCCUGACUCAGUGUGUUCUUUGACCUUCCUUUUUUUGUUUCCCUUCAGGAUUCCAAGUUAGUGCUUACCUCAUGAUACGUGCUAAGUCAUACUAUAGUUAAAUAUUUAAAACGUAGAUAUAUAAACAAAUAAUAUUGUAUUCAAUAAAUUACUUCCAAGUUAUGUAAUUAUAUAAUCAAAUUAAUAAUCCCAAAAGUAAUCAGGUUUAAGACAAGUACAAUGUUUAAAAUGAUAGAAAUGUGAAUUUAGGAUUGUUGGUAGAAUAAAAUGACAUUAUCAGCGAGAGACUGAUGAACCUGGGUUCGAAUCUCGCGGGGGGGGCGGAAUCGUAGACGCGCACUGCCGAGGAGUCUCACAGUGGGACGAAACGUUAGUCCGGUACUUCUAGGUCUUCCACGGUGGUCUAGCUUCAAUUGACUCAUGAUCUCAACCAUUGGAAUCACUAUAAUAUCCACAAAACCCCUUCUGAUAUGAAUCACGUAAUAAUUUACUGGUUGACUUCACCCCAACACGGGACUCCUGAGCAGUGUGUAUCCACGAUUCAAACCCAGAACAUGAGGCCUCGCGCGCGAACGCUUAACUUUUACAUCACUGAGCCGACAUCCAACGGUGUUAAUGUCUAACUUCAAUGAAUCCACUAAAUUGUGCGACCGUCCACGAUUGUCUUCAGUGAGUAACUGCCUCACAGCAGACACAGUUUGAUUCCAUAGGUCAAGUCUAUUCACUAGAACUCCAAGAAAUACAUCUUGAAGCCAGGUACUAGUGAGCACAUGAUGAUUAUUUCCAGAAUGAGGGUUUUUGGAAAUUGUAGUAAUUUAGUGGUUGAAUGCAUGAGUCGAUAAUUACGCAAUAGAUGAAUCAUUCGAAAACUGUUAAAUGUUUAUUAAGACAACAUAAUUCAUUUAUGUCAGUAUGUUAGAUUUUAUUAAUUUUCAUACUGUCAUUAUCUCAGAUGACUUCCUCCAAAUAUAAAUCUGAUUUUGAAUGACCUUAAACAUGAAGACUACGAAUAUUUGCAUGUAAUUAACAUCUAGAUUUUACCACUCAUGUUGUCCAAGAAUAUAACUUAUGAAGUAAGUAAUUCACUAAAUGAAAUAACUACCAUAAAUCUUUUCUCUAUUUUCAUUAAAUUUUCAAGAAUUGGCAUUAAUUACCAAACGACCUAGAGCUGCUUCAGCUUAUGCUGUAGGUGAGACUAAAUUAGCUGGUAAGUGUCUACUGAUUCAACGUUGUGUUUUUUUAACUGUUAUCUAUAUAUAUUCUGUAAUUCAUUUAUACUGACUGUUUGUAUCUUUCCCAUGGUGCUUAAGAAUGCAGUUGAUCAGGCUCUUUUUGGCAAAUGUGUAUACUGUUCGGAUUGCAUCAAUAACACCGUUAAGCCACAAGUAAUCGAUUCAAUGAAGUAAGAUGGUGACUUGUAGUGGAAUCGAAGACGUACAUUUUGAACUAGUAUAUCCAACUGGCGAGUUCCAAAUGGGAUAGAAAGUGCGUCUUGGAUUUCAAUGCUAGUCAUCACCCAACUAUCAUUUAUAAUUGUUUAUUUUGUUACUUUAUUAAUUAUGUUCGUAUUUCAAUAAUUGAGAUUAUGUGUCGACUGAAGCUGGAUCAUUAUGUAAAACCUGGAAGCACUGGAUGGGCGUUUCGUCCUGUUGUGCAACUCCUCAGCAUAUUCAUAGUGUUGUGUAAACAACAGAAAACUGUUUUACAAAAAAUACUUAUUGAAAUACAAUCUGAUUUAAUUAUGAUUAGAUGUAACUAACAAUUGUUCUGAAAACUUUCUAGCUCAGAAAGCGAAAACUCGCCUAAAUCAUCCACUUGAGCUACAUACCUUUUCCAUAUUAGUUCAAUUUGUUAACAAGUCUUUCAGUAAAUGGAAUAUACCCAUUACGACAUUAAAUAAGAAAGAUAGGUUCAACGAUGAAUUCCCGUUUCGGCGAAUUCAUUUUCAAAGCUGUACAAUCACAAAUAGAUAUACCUAUCUUUUUUCAGGAUGAUAGUAAUUACAAUAAUAAUGAUAAUAAACUUCUGUUAGACAUGGUGACAGUGAGGUAGAAUAAACAAAGGUGUUAAAAAAAUUUUUUAAACAGGGAAACUAAUAAUCGUUUGAUUGUUAAGGGUUUAGAUUCUUCUCAAAAGAUACAUAAAUUAUGAUUGGGAAAGGAUAGCUCAGGAUGAUAAGAUAAAAUGUUGAAAUUGAGAUGAAAUGUAAUCAGGAGGAUCGUAGAAACAGAAAGAAACCAGUUGGGUGUAGAAGAUUUAAGGAGAAGAUAGAAGGGGAAGCAGAUAGCUAUAAAGGAAUAACAGUAUGAAAAAAAUUAUAAGACAUGAAGUCCAUGGUAGAAGAACAAGUUGUACCAAUCUCUUUUAUGGAUACACAAUUCUGGUUUUUCCAGAUAUAUGACUAUUGCUUUGGCAAUGCUAAAAAGAUGAGAUCUAAUUUUCUUUGGAAAUCUUCUACUUACUUUGUAGAUGACUUUGAACGCAGGGUCUGUCUUGAUUGAGUGACCUGUGUUAACAAUGUUUUUGAUUAUUGAACUUCAUAUUGAGUCGUUUCCUCUUCUUUGUGGCCACGCCGGAUAAUGUUCUUGAAUUCUUUUGGAUAAACUACGCAUCGAACGACCUAUAUACCUGGCUCCACAUGAGCACGUAAAAUGGUAAAUGCACAUUGAGUUUGAUAGAUGAGAUAAUUUAUCCUUGAGAUUAUUGGUGAACAAUGAUCGGCUGAAGAAUACUAUUCAGAACGUGGCUGAGAAGAGCGUUCUUUCUAAAGAAUCAGAAAUUCUGCUCUUUAAGACGUAUCUGUCUCUAUCCCCCUUAGAGCCGAUGUUCGUGUAUAAUGUUUUCUUUUUGACUGAAGUUAUUUGUGUUGUUGACGGUUUCGGUUUGAUGUUCUGAUCAAUUAAUAUCGAAGAAUACGCGUUUUUGAUAAGUAUCUCCCUCAAGAGGCUCAGUUCGUCGUCUAUGACUUCGGGACUACAAAUUCUUUGUAUUCGCGUGGCGAGUAAUAUUAUUAAGUUUCUCUUUCGACUAAUGGGAACCCAAUUGUGGAAACUUGUUAGUCGGACAUUCCACAUGGGUUUCCUGUAGAUAGAUCUUUUUAGAGUUUAACCUAGUUUUCUUGUCAUUUCCACAUCAAAAAUGUGAAUAUUUUGUUUGUUUCCAACUUCAAGUGUGAAAUUUAUAUCUGGGUAAUUGUUAUUAAAUGUCGUUAUAAAAUGACUCAAAUCAUAUUUGUUGUCACAAAUGAUAAAGAUAUCAUCUACAUACCUUUUAUACAAGUGGAAGUUUCCUAUAGUCGUUUUAAGGUGGUUGUUUUCUAAACUGGCCAUGAAGCAAUCUAUUAGUAAUGAACCAACACGGGAUCCCAUUGCUAUGCCAUCAUCUUGUCUAUGAAUUACGUCGCUGAAUAUAAACUGUACAUUGCAAGUGCAACGUAGUAAUAGUUCCUUCAAAUAAACUUCCGGUAUUCCGAUGCUUAUCGCAUUGUUAUUUUCACAGUUGCAGAUAAAACUUAUGGUCUUCUUGAAUGAAACAUUAGUGAAUAAUGAUUCGACAUUAGAGAUAGCAUAAUUUUGUCAUUUACAUCCACUUCUUUUAUGUGUUCAAUGAAUUAAAAAGUAUCAUGUACAGAGUGUCUACAAAUGCAUUUUCUUACGGGUUCUAGGUGGUCUGCCAGCCACUUUGCCAUAGAGUGGUGAGGGGAUCCGGACAUAUCAAUAAUUGGUCUGAGAUGUAAGCCAGGUUCGUGUAUUUAUGGCAGACCAUAUAAUCGCGGUAUAAUUGAUAUUGUUGGUUUUAUGUGCUCAAAGAUAUGUUCAUCGAUUGAUUGAUCAUUUUUUUAUUCUCUUAAGAACUCCAAUCAGUUGCUUUGCUAUUAUUUCAGUCUUGUUUUUCUCAUUGAUUGGUAUGGAGAAUUCGGUGUCAUUCGAUAAUAACUUCGUCAUUUUUUCAACAUAAAUCUUUAGGUCUAGAAGCACUAAACUCACACUUUUACCUGAACGUGUUAUAAUCAAGUCAUUAGUGUUUCUAAGCUAUUUUAACUGAUUACUAUCUUUCGAUGGAAAUUUAAGCCAUUAAAAAUUAAACGAUUAUUAGUUUCCCUGUUCAGAAACUUUUUUUUAAUAACUUUGUUUAUUCUACCUCAAUGUCACCAUGUCCAACAAAAGUUUAUUAUCAUUAUUAUUGUAAUUAUUAUUAUCCUGAGAAAAGGUAGGUAUAUAUAUUUGCGAUUGUAUAGCUUUGAAAAUGAACUCACCGAAAAGAGAACUCUUCGUUGAAUCUAUCUUUCUUAGUUAAUGUCUUAAUAGGUGUAUUCCGUUUAGUAAAGAAACAGAAAUAAACCAGUGGGAGUGUAGAAAGUUUAAGGAGAAGAUAGAAAGGGAUGCAGUUGACUAUAAAGGAAGUAGAGUAUGAAGAAAAAAAAGAACAAGGAAGAAAAAUUAUGAGACAUUAAGACCAUAGUAGAAGAAGAGGUUGUACCAAUCUCUUUUAUGGGCACAUUAAUCGGCAGUCUUUCUAUGAACUGUGUCUUUAAAGUAUCAAAUUGUUAUUUUGAAGUGGAUAAACAGACAUUUUUUCAUGGGUUUGUUCUUACGGAAAUUGUUCGCUUAUUGAAAUGUACAAAUAAAAUAAGGUAUAGAUUUUGAGAUGGUGAAGAUUUGUAGCUCAGGUGGAUGAGUUUGUUGAAGUUUUGUUCUCUGAGCUGGAUAGUUUGAUGGUGUUUUACGAAUGUGUCGUCCACAUAAAGAAUCCUAAUUUUUGGCUUAAUCACUGACAAGAUCGAGGCUUCUAGUCUCUGCAUCAUUGCUUCUGAGAUAAUUCCUGAUAUUAGUGAUCCCAUCGGUGUCCCUUGUGUUCGUUCAUAGAUUUUGUUGUUGAAUUGAAAAUAUGUUGUUAAGCAUAAAUCGAUGAAUUCUAAUAAUUUUUGACUUUGAAGCAUCGUGUACUUUGCAAAAUUUGCGUCAUUGAUUGAGAAGUAGGGACAGAAUUUCCUUUGCUAAUCUUGAUUCAACUGAGGUGAAUAAUGCUGUUACAUCGAAGGAUAUCAUCAGUUCGUUAUCGACCAAACCAUCCAGCUUAUAGCAUCUCAUGGGCAAUUGAGUUUGUUCUCAUUCAAUUCAGCUAAACACUUUUGUUAACUUAUUUAGCGGACAAAGUCAUCCUUACUAUAACAACUUAUUGUACCUUUAUUAUUGUUGUGCUUGUAUGAAAUAUGUAUGCUAGCUUUAUCAUUAGCUGCUUAACUGAUUCGAUGAUCCAUUCAUGUCCCUAUAUAUAUAAACCUACAUACUCUACUCUAUCGGUACGCUGACUCAUUCAUUUGCCUCUGCUUUGUAGCCUGAGUUAUCUGCUAAUAAAACUGUAGUCACUGGUUCCUUUUGCCUUCUGAUUUCAAACACCGUUGAGGAUUAUAUGAUAACGAUUACGAGGGUGGUUGGUCAACGAAGCACAGCCACUACAAGCUCAGAGAACAAAAAUUCCACUAAAAAGGCAUAGAUUUUCCAUAUAGUUGUAUUUUUAAAUGAUGUUUAUACUAAUUGAAGAAUAUUUUUGAAAUACUACUGUUCUUCAGAUUCAUUAAGUAAUAUUAUUCAACAUUUAGCCAAAAAAACAAAACAUAUUUCUUCUUUUAAGAAUAAGUAUACUUCAGUUUUUUUUUCAACUAGAAUAAGAACUAGAGAUCUAACUAAAUGACAUGAAAAGGUAUAUCCUACGCAUUAUACAUGUUCUCUACUUUCCGCCCAUUAACUACUCAAUGGCUAGUAAUUAUGUCUGAUUAAAAGAUAUUUCAAUUACAUACAAAUAAACAUGUCCGAAUUAUAGUAAAGAAGAUCUGGUUCAAUUAUGGAUAUACGUUUAAGAUUGAAUUCAAUCUAUAUUCAUUAGAACUUUGCAUUGAAUUAUUUCACUGACUUCAUUUACAUUCAUUCAAUCUUUCCAUUUAAGUAAUACAUUAAAUCAAACAUAAAAUACAAUUUUUUCAACUGAUAUUGAGUACAGGAUUGUUAUAAUUAAAGGUAAAAUAAGAAUGAAACUGAUUACAACAGUAUUCUUUAUUAUAAGCAAAGAUGGAUAGUGGCUAGCAGUGGAAUCCAGGACGCGCGUUUCGUCCUACUUGGGACUCGUCAGCUGGAUGUACCUGCAUCUCAGGGUUGAUGUUCACUCUAAGACUCAAACCCAGUACCGUUCGCUUCAAACGCCAUUGUGUUAUGGUUUUUUUUUCUACUAUUGAUAUUUGAGACAGAAUGAAAUCAAUGAAUCAUUCGAUAUGUUCUCUUAUGUUACAUGUUUUACUAUUUUUCUAGACAGUGGUUUUUAAUGCGAUCUAAAAAGUCCGUUUAACCUUACCUAAGAUUCAUUAGACGGAUAUAAUUAGAUACUAGUGUUGAUAAUCACACGGAGAUAUCAAACAAGUUUCUGUUAAUUUGAACGUUAAUAUGCCAUCUAAUAAAUAACUAAGCCGCGAUAAUCAUUAUCUUAUUCAAUGGAUAUGAUAAUAAUUAUUAAUAACAGAGUAUGUUUUUUGUUGUUGUGAAAACUUAAGAUAAACAUCAACAGUGGGAUCCCGCGAGCGGGAUCGUGGAUGCGCACUGCUGAGGAGUCCCACAAUAGGACAAAACGGCCGUCCAGUGCUUCCAGGUUUUCAAUUGUGGUGGUCUAACAUCAAUCGGUUCACGAUCUCAAUCAAAAACAUAAAAUAAAACAGAUUAGACUAUAACCCAACAUUAGAAAAUGUAAUGCAGUUAUUCAGUUUUUUUAAAUCAUACUACUCCCUUCUGAUAUGAAUCAACAUAUGCUCACUAGUGACUGGUUUCAAGAGGUAUAUCCUGGAAUUCUAGUGAGAAGCAGUAACCAGUGGAGUUCAACUAGGUCUGUUGUGAGUUAGUAACUCACUGAAGACAAUGAUGGAUGUGUUGCUUAAUUUCGCGAAUCAGUUGAAGUUAGACAAUAACACCGUUGGAUGCCGGCCGACCCAGUAGUCUAGUGGUUAAGUGCUCGCGCGCGAGACUGAUAGAUCCUGGGUUCAUAUCUCGCUAGGAGGGGUCAUGGAUGUGCACUGCUGAGGAGUCCCACAAUAGGACAAAACGUCCAUCCAGUGCUUCCAUGUUUUCCAUGGUUGUUUAGCUUCAAUUAACUCAUGAACUCAACUAUUUUUUCAAAAAAUACCAUUUAUAAUUUAUUGUUUUAAUUUGUAUACUGUUCUUCUUUGUUUUCUUUUUUCAAGUUUUGGAUGUUGCAAGUUUUGAACGUUUAAUGGGACCAUGUCUUAAAGUUAUGCAAAGAAAUAUUGAUACAUAUGAAAAACAAUUAACUGAAUUACUUGGAACUAAUAAUCAAUUAAAAUUAAAUGAAUUUAGAUCAAAAUAAUUUAAUUCUAUAGAAAUAAAUAAAAAAAACUUUUUCUUUCUUUCUUUUUCGUUGUUGUUGUUGUUUUUGUCGUUGCUACUAUCGUUUUCUUUUUCAGUGUUCAAUCAAAACCCAAGAUGACUAUUUUAAACAAAUGAUCUUUCUAUAUAUAUACAUACAUUUAUGAAAAAAAGUAUUCUGUUUAUAUAUUACCAGUUCAUUUUGUCAAUUUAAUGUUUACAUUUCAGAUUCUUCUUGUUUGUUUGUUUGUUUUUUUGUUUUUUCUAAGUGAAUAUAAACGUCAGUACAAUGUUUAGUUUAUUACGUAACAUCGAUAAGGUUAUUCAUAGAUAUAUUGAUGAUAGUAUCAUCAUAAUAGUAUAUAUAUGAUUUUCUACGGUGAGUUGAACGUUCAUCUUGAGUUGCCACCCCAACAACAACAAAAAAGAUACAUAUUACGUAAUACCAUUCACAUAUGAAAUCGAAAGUGAUUAUCAUUGAUUAUUGGAUAUAAAUCUUCUUUUAUGAAAAGAAGAAAACAACGAAAAAAAGAACAGCCAGAAUUCAUUUUCAUUUAAGAAUAUUUUUUAAACGCUACAAAUGUGUUAUUCUUUCUUUCUUUCUUUUUUUCUUUCUCUCUCUUUUUUUAAUCAUAACAAUCAAUAUUGUAAUAAAGUAAAGAAAACAAAAAAAAGACAAGACAAGGUGAGUUACAGUCAAAAUGUGUGAAAGAAGAAAAAGGAAAGAAAUUUGUGCAUUUCCAUUUUUCAUUCUUGUAUUAAGAAAUAAAAAAGCGAUAGAAAAGAAAACAGGUUUGCUUCUCUUAUUUGAUUUAUUAAUGUCUAGUAUUGUAGUGAUAUUUUGAUUAUCAGAGAAGGGUUUUUGUAGACAUUAUGAUCAUAUUAAUAGUUGAAUUCAUCAGUUAAUUAAAGCUAGACCGCCAUGGAAAACCUGGAAGUAUUGGACGGUCGUUUCCUUCUAGUGUGUGGCUCCUUAACAGUGCGUAUCCAUGAUCACGUCCUGCGAGAUUUUAAACCCAGGACCUAUUAGUUUCUUUAAACCAAUGAGCCGGCUGACAUCUAACGGUGUUGAUGUCUAACUUCAACUAAUCCACAAAAUUGAGCCACUGUCGCGUGAUGGGAUGGUGGGUACGCGCUGCUGAGGAGUACCAUAUUAGGAUGAAAUGGUCAUCCAGUGCUUCCAGGUUUUCCAUGAUGGUCUAGCUUCAAUUAACUCAUGAAUUCAACUAUCAAAUAAAUAAAUUUAUUUGUUCGUUUUUUUUAAAGAAAGAUAGAGAGAGUGUGUGUUUGGGAAAAGAGUUUCAAUGUUUAACAGUUUAUCACUGCUUUUUCAAUAUUUUAAUUAAAAUAAAUGUCAAAUUACUUAAUUGCUCACGCCUAAUUCUUCCCUCAUGGGGGAGCAUAGGCCGCUCACUAAGAUUCUCCAUCCAACUCUGUCCUGGAAAAUGGAAAAUGCAUUCAUAUAGAUAGUUUUAAUUAAUAAAGAAUAGGAUUAUAAGAAAAGAUGGAUAGUGGGUAGCAGUGGAAUCCAGAGAGCGCGUUCCGUCCUAUUCGUGACUGGUCAGCUGGAUGUACUUGCAUCUUGGAGUUGAUGUUCGCUCUGGGACUCGUAACCUCUACCGUUCGCUUCAAACGCCAUUACGUUAUCCACUAACCUACUGCUAGCCAGUAUUCAUUUUUGUUUAUAAUGCCUGUAAUUUAAGGUAAUAUCGGGACAAUGCGCAAAGUACGCACAUAUGCCAAUAAGAGAUUGAUCAAUUGCAGUCCUGAACAUCAAUGGAAAUAUUCAACUAAGUAAUACCAGGUGGAUCUAAAGAAAAGAGUUGUUUGAGAUUAAUAUAUGUGUUAUGUCCCGACAAGAAUAAUGAAUGGUAAUUUUGGAAUCUAUUUGUGGACCGAUACUGUACGUAUAUUAUCAUAUAAUUGUUAAUUAACUAAACUAUUCAUAUUCAUGUCUCUCUUAUCAUAAGCUUUAUUUUAACUUAUGAACUGUUACUAUACGAUUUCCAUUCUUGAAUUAUUCCCUGUCUAUUAGUUACUGCCUCCCUCAUUCACAGUCACAUCUGGCUAAUUCUUGUACAAAUGUUGUUUCAUAUUUUACCGGUACGUUGUGGUCUGUUUGAUUGGUAUAUAAACUCAAUAUGUUUGAAAUAUAGCGAUUCGUAUCGCAGAGGCUGGGUUAGGUCGAAAGCAGGACCAAUCAGGACUCAAGGCUACUCAAACGUGUUUUAUGCGUCAUUGAUCAGAUCGAUAAACCAUUGCUCCCUAAUUGGCGGUCACAAAAUAUAACAAUAUGUCAAGAAUUUAUAUCAAUUAGGGAAGUAUUAAAAUCUGUUAGAGUAGGCUGAAAUACGACAUUCUUAACCGCUUCUUAGUCUCUAGAAAUGGUCUACUCUUCAAUUAUAAAACAGAAAAUAUAUGGCGAAACUGAUGAAACAAGACAUAAUUAACAGUCUAUAUAUAAAAGAAAAGAAUAGUUAUAAGAUUAUAUAUAAUUUUCAGAUUGUAAAUGCUCCUAUGAAAUUCUUAUUUAUGUAUUUCAAAACAUAAAUAUUGAUAAUAAUGGGCACCAAAUACAUAUGCGCCAUACAAGUCGCUUGAUAUGUGUGUGGGCUGUGAUUUUGCCCGAGUGUCCAGACCAAAGCAGGUGGUUUUCAUCUGAGGCCACAUCUCGAGCCUUUGAACUAAAGGUCUAGUCCACAAGACAGUGAAGCAACUUCAGGUGAUGCAGUCACAUGUUAACCGGUGGCCGAAAAUUAGUUCAUACGCCAUUUGUUCCCUCAGGAUACUGGAGCCCAUGUUCACCAUUGGUUUGGAAUCAGGGUUUUCCAACUCCCCUGCGUGGAUUCACCGUGUCCAUUGGCCCGGUUAAAGCGCCGGACAUUCACUUUUCGUCCUCUCAUUUUCGUAAACAACACCCUCGCCACGGGAAGGCAGUGAGUAGGGCUUCCCUGUCAGUAGCUGUAUUUGUGUGGCUAUGUGAAAGCAUUUCGAGAAGAAGAGCUGACUCUCCUUACCCUCGGCCGUAUAAGGGUAUUUUGGGGCUAUAAAUCUGUACAAUUGAUAAUAUAUUCGAUAAUUGUCUAAUCAGGAUACUGAAACAGAAACUAAUAGUCUAGUAAGUUUUAAGUUAAGUAUUUUCAUUUAUAUGAAGUGGGUUAGAUAGUAGAUUUACGAAUUACUUUCUAUUUAAAUUGAUUAAUCUUGUUGAUUAGUAGACAACCCAUUUAUUAACAUAUCUCCAUUUUCAGCAUGGAGUUGUGGAGAUUAUUAAGUUUUUGAUUGAGAACAUGAAUCGAUGAAUGUUAAACCAACCGUUCACCUAAGAUAAAUGAAAACUGUGAGAAGUCAGUAACAACUGGAUACUGAACAACAGAAGAACAAAUAAAUAAAUUAGAAACAUAUGCUAAUGCUGCAUUCAACAACUCAACCCUGAACUGCUGAAUUACUAAAACUUCUGCAAACGUACACGUUUUUCGACUCACGCUCUUUUUAACCCCGCUUGUUUAUUUAAUAUGGAUUAUUUUUCAUUGUUUUUUGCUUCAAACAUACUACUUAUAUUCCAUAAAUACAUACUACUUUUAAUAAAAAUAAUAAAAGAACCAAAAUCUAUGUAUCCCUUUUCUAUUCCUUCAUCAACUAAAUUGAUAAAAGAUAGAACAAGUAAAUUGUAAGUAAUAAACAUAUUUUUCUACUACCAAAUGUCCUUAUACCUAUAAUAACACUAACCUUGACGACGAUAACAACAACAGCAACAACUCAAAAAGAAACUAAUGAUUUCCUUUUGUCUUUAAUUAAAAUCACUUGUCAAAAUGAAAUUCUCAAUGGAUCAUUAAUAACUAGGUAAAUAUAUGAAUCAUAAUAAUUCCAAACUGUCAUUGUAACAAAUGUGUUACAGGGAAUCAUGACGACAGAAAUAAGCGGAUAGAUAAAUGUUAACGUGUACACACGCACAUACAUACACAAUUGAGUAAUUAUUUAUAUAAACACACACACACAUACACACGGGUAUGUAGGUGAGUGUGUAUGUGUGUUUUGUACACAAACAAAGGUACUGACAAUCCAUGAAAUAUAGCUCGAUGAUUUUUUUUCUUUACAUUCGAAGGUAUUUUUCUAAUUUCUGUUUUGUUCCUUCCUGUUAGUGUUUAUUUAACCUAGAUUCUUAUCAUUUCUUACAGAGUUUAUCUUAAUCUUAACUUUUUUUAAUAGUAGGACACAUAUGUUCAAGGAGAAUGAUUGACAAUAACCGUUUGGACUCAAGAAAAUGAAUUUUGAGUACAGUAUAGAAUUCUUCAUACUAAUUGUGUAAUAUUACUGAUAUGUCUUCUAAUUGAACGCUAGAUUUGGUUAUUAAGCUCUUCUAAUAACCCUGGGCCAGAUCUACACAACAACUUGAAUACGAAAGUAAAAACCCGAAAUAUGGAAGAAACACUUUACUGCAAAAGUUCGUUUUUGUACGGUUUUUAUAAUAUUUUAAAUGGCCUUAGGUUCCCGGAAAAUUCUGGAACGCUACUAAACACAGUAUCAGUAUAGAUGUUCCUUGUAAAAUUCCUUUUGAAUGCUGAUUGGAUAAGAUGCUUCUCAGCGUUAUCCAAGCAUUUGCUGACUUUUUUCGAGUUUUCUGGAUCUCUCCAACAAUUACAACAAACAACUCUUUAACCCAUUUAAAUUAUAAUUAUUCAAAAGAAAUUCUAUAAAAGACUAUAUGAAAUAAGAUUCGUAACUGUGAGUUUGCAGUUCAACUAUUCUUCAACGUUCAAUCCAUGUGCAAUUUCUAGCAUUUAUCCGUUCAUUUAGUGAGUGAAUACUACAUAUAAAAACAUAAUUUUCAAUGGGGACCUCAUUUCAAGCUUUAAAUUUCCCUUUAUUAGCUUUUUUUAUCUGAUAAGUUCGAAUGUGCUACAGUGUCGUGUUCAUAGAAGUAUGUAGAUAGCUUUAGACGAUCGCAAUGAAAUUCCCAGCGAAAAUUACACUUUUAAAUAUAGCACUUACCUACUAAACAAAAGGGAAAAAUGCUCGAAAACAUUAGAUAUAUCACUUUUAUUUAAUACUGUAAAAAGUAUAAUUAUAUUCAUACAAACUGUAUUCAACGGUCAAUAUCAACCAUUCACCUUCUGUCAUUUAAGUUCACUGUCAUGGUGAAGAUUUGUAGCUCAAGUGGAUGAUUUCGAUGAGGUUUUGGUCUCUGAGUUAGAUGGUUUGAUUGUGCAGUUUUCAUCGUUCUUCUGAACGAUAUUAUCAACACAAACUUUUACCUGAAAGCUGCACGACCAAACCAUCCAGAUCAGAGAACAAAACUUCAUCAAAAACAGUUCAGUCAGUUUAGCUGCUUCAAAUACUUUUUUUUUCAUCUAUUAUACAUAUGCGGCUUGAAUACCAAUACAUUUGUCUUUCCUCUUAUCAAAGGAUAAACAGGAAGGAAGUUGUGCUGAUAACUGUACAGUACUUACAAUCUCAAUUUAUACACUCUGUAUAAAGAGCGUGUAUGUACAUACAGUUAACAUUUAUAAUUAUUAAGUUCAAACAAUUAUAAUAUAGAAAUAAUAACUGCAAUAUUUGUACAUUUGACAAAGUAGAUGAACCAAAUAUUUAACUAGGCCGCCUGAAACUAUGCCCUAUUUUCCUUGAACAGAAUCCCGAAAUGAAAUGACCUUUCAACCAUUUAAUGUGUAUAUCUUUUAUGCUGCGAAAAAACAAAAUCUCUGCAUAAUUUUGAUGUUCCGAAGGAACUUAGAAAUAACCCUAAUAGUAAUAUUUUAUGCAUGUUAUAAUACUGCAGACUAAAAUUAAAGAUCACAGAUUGUAUUCUUGUAGUGACGUCGUCUACUAUGUUAAGCCCGUAAUAACUUAUUCUAGCUUUUGGAUAGACCAGUUUAUUCAUCCUUAAGUCACAUUUUUACCCUGCCACUUAUUAACUUAUUAACCUUGACUGUUUUUAUGUAACCGUAUGUGUAUGUAUUUUUUUCUACCUUACUCAUCAAAUGUUUGUAGCUUAUUUUUGGUCUGACUAUAAAUAUCGAUUCGCGCUUGGCUAAAUUGAGUUGGCUCAUUCGCCUCCUUCAUUGCACGUCACUUUGUUUUGUUUCACGUUCACAUCAACGAUUGCACGAAAUAUACAUAUUCAAAGAUCCAUUCUCGUAUUUAAUUUCGUUAAUUCCGUUAUUCACCAAUGCGACUUAAGCCAAUGUUUAUAUAAGAGGAUAUCUAGGAUGUAUAUUUCGACAGCAAUCAUUCGACAAUGAUCAUUUGUUCUAUCUAACCAGAGUCAGAUAUUGGGCUACUAAAUUCUCUUAUACAAUUGUAGAUGUCCACUUUAUUUUUAAAUUAGUCAUAUCUUCAUCAUACCACAGAUAAACUUGAUUUAUCAGCUGAAUGCUUUUGUAUUCAAAUAAUUGUUUACACUGAUA